CUUCAAGCUUCAGGUGUGCACCUUGAACCCUCGUAUAGCCUGCGGUUCACACGUCCAGCCAGGACUCCUUCGAGCAGCACCAUGAGAUUCAACACAGGACCUGGGGAUUUAACAGACUCGCCACAGAAGUUUACUUUUAAUCCAAAAGAAGGCAUUGACAAUCCAGCCCUGGUUAUCUCCGAUGAUGCAGAGCCAGACCUGCGUCCGAAGUUAUGCCUGCUGAAGAGAGAGGAGAAUCAAAGCUUCGGCUUCUAUCUACGAAAAGAGAGUGGCUGCAGGGGGCAUGUGGUGCAGCAGAUAGCCCCGUGGGGUGCAGCGGAGCGCAGUGGAUUGAGGGAUGGAGAUCGCAUUCUAGAGGUCAACGAGGAUUUCGUGGACAACCAAGACUAUUUAAAGGUGGUGCUGAAGGUACAAGCAUCUGGGCUGCACCUGUAUCUGCUGGUACUGAGCGCUGAAGAGUACGAGAUGGCUGUAAAUGACGGAAUAGAUCUCAUCACUCUGACCAAGACUCAUCGAGGUGAAGGUUGUACCAGGCCUCGACUCUGCCACAUCAUCAGGGAGCCUGGCCAUGGCUUGGGAUUCAGCAUCAGUCCCAUUGAGGGAAAGAAAGGGAAAUAUUAUUUGAACCCAGUGAAUGAUGGUCCAGCAGAAAGAGCUGGCAUUCAAGCAGGGGAUCGUCUGCUCUGGAUCAAUGGUACCAUGGUGUCCAGACUAACACAUUCAGCACUGAUGAAAAUGGUUAAAAUGAGUGGUGAAUAUGUUACCAUGUUGGUGUUAGACAGCAGAAGUGAGGAGAGCUACGUACGCAGAAGGCUGCCAGUCCUUCCUGCUUUUGCCAGUGCUCAUAACCUGCCUCACAGGCCAAAAACGCUUCACCUGGUGCAAGGACCACAGGGAUACGGCUUCCUCUUACGGCAGGAGAAGCUACCUUCAGGGAAUAUUGUGCACCUGCUGCGGGAAGUGGACCCAGACAGUCCGGCUGAGGCAGCAGGGAUGGAGGAUGGGGACCUGCCCCUGGCAGUCAAUGGAGAGCAGGUGGAGAACUCAGAACACGAGGACAUAGUCAGCAAAAUACGGCAAAGUGGGCAGCAGGUCACGCUGACCACCAUCUCUAUGAAGGGCAGAGACUUUUACACCCAGCUGGGUCUGUCACCUCUGUCGUUUUACGAACUAAAGAUUCCACAAAGAGAGCGUUUCCCCAGGCUCACUUUACCACGUAAAGACCUGCACGCCAACCCGCUGCGCCCUCGACUGUGUGUCCUUCAGGAAGACGACGACAAAGGAUUCGGAUUCAAAUUGGUAUUCAGCCAGGAUGAAGCUAGGACCUGCGUUGGCCAGGUCAAAGCUGGACGUGCAGGUGACAGAGCAGGACUGCGGGAGGGAGAUUUACUAGUAGAAGUGAACGGGCAGAACGUGGAGCAGGAGCACCUCGAUGAGGUAGCAAGGAUCAUUAGGAAGGGAGGCAGCCCUCUUUCUCUGCUUGUAGUGGAGAGGGAGGAGUUCAAAACAACAGGCAGCCUGCCAACCAACCCAGCAGAGAUACUGGAAAGCACACAGGCACAACCAAUUGUACCUGUUGGACUCCCGGUGUGA